AUGGAGUAUUUAAAGAACAAACAAGUGGAAGAUCCAUCAUUUUUCUAUGCUGUGCAACUUAAUAAAGAGGAUGGUACACUAGCAAAUUUCUUUUGGGCUGAUGGACAAUCAAUAAUGGAUUAUUCUUCAUUUGGAGAUGUUAUUUCUUUUGACACCACAUUCUCCACCAAUAAGUUUGAAAUGCCAUUUGCUCCUCUGCUUGGUGUUAACCAUCACAAGCAGACUAUUGUUUUCGGUGCUGCAAUAAUAUUUGAUGAAACUGCCGACUCGUUUGUGUGGCUUUUCAGCACCUUCCUACAAGCAAUGUCCGGUAAGGAGCCAAAAAUGAUUUUCACUGAUCAGUGUGUUGCAAGUAUGAAUGCAAUUGCAGAGGUAUUCCCGAGCGCAAGCCAUCGCCUUUGUCUAUGGCAUCUAUAUCAAAAUGCCGUUAAACAUCUGAGUCAUGUUAUUGCUGACCAUCCGGAAUUUCUUUCUGAACUCAAGCAGUGUGUAUAUGAAGAAAGGUCAGUUGCACAUUUUGAAUCAAGAUGGCAUGAUUUAUUGGUUAAAUACAGCCUUGAGGAUAAUUCUUGGAUUAACAAUAUGUUCAAAUUUCGUGAGAAGUGGGCAACCGUAUAUAGGCGAGAUUCAUUUAGUGCAGACAUGACAUCGACCCAGAGGAGUGAAGGGAUGAACAAUGCCUUCAAAACAACAUUCAAUGGAAAACUCUCGCUUUCAGAGUUGCUAGAAAAAUAUGACAAGUGUGUCGCACGUCUUCGACGCGAAGAAAAAUAUGAAGAUUUUCAAUCGCGCCAUACAGACCCAGUGCUUUGCAUAGCUAGACAUCCUUUGUUGAAGGAGGCAGCUGCAUCAUACACGAGGUCACUCUAUACUUAUUUUGAAGAGGAAUUUCAGAGGCAGUUUACUUGGUCAUGCACUCUGUUGUGUAAUGAAAGCACAAUCAACACGUACAAAGUUAAAUCCUUUUAUCGAGAGGAUGGUGAAGCCAUUGUCGAUUUUAACCCAACAACUUUGGAGAUAUCUUGUUCUUGCAAGUUGUAUGGAUGUGUGGGUAUUUUGUGCAAGCAUGCUCAUAAAGUUUACAAUUUUUGUAAUAUUGUCACAUUGCCAAGCCAAUACAUAAUGAAUAGAUGGACAAAGUACGCAAAACAAGAUAUCUUCAAUUCUAAAGUAGGGGUUAAUGAUAAUGCAGAAUUGCAGUGUGCCCAAAUUUCUCGAAAGAUGCUAUCGCUUGCAUUGAAGUGUAAACCCUCGAAGGAGGUUCUUCGACACCUAGACAAUGGUAUUGAUAAGUUGGCUUCUGAAGUAUGUGAGUUGCUAAGCAAAGUAAGUGUGGAUGAAAAUGAGGAGACAAGAUGUUAUGCUGAAUUUACCGCAGAUGUUGAUAAAGCACGGGUAUCAUUUCGAGCCCCUAAACGGAAAAAAGGCCCAAUGGAGAAACGGUCAAAAGAUGCACUGGAAGCACCAAAGAAAGGAAAAGAUAAGGCUACAUCAAAGAAAGGAAGAAGUAAGGCUGCAUCAAAGAAAGGGGUCAUUGGAACUUAG